AUAAAAUCAGCUGAUAUUUGCAUCCGGUUCAACGUUCGAGUUUUCUUUUCCGGUUCAUCCAGUCCAACGUUCCAGUGUUUGGAAGAUUGACUGUAAAGAUGGUAGAUGAAGCUGGUGACAGGGAUGAUUCUGCAAAUGUCGCCAUUAUUAGAGAGGUGUACGAUAAUGAGAAUGCUCACGAAACAUUUGAAUAUGAACUGGAACGAGCGCUAGAAUCUGAGUGCAACUUAAUUGUUAUUGAACCAUCUAAAUUAGGUGAUGAAACAUCCAGGUGGAUAGCAGUAGGAAACUGUCUUCAUAAGACUGCAGCAUUAUCAGGUCUCGCAGCUAUAACCACAGGUUUGAUUUGGGGUGACAGACCUUAUCUCUGUGGUCCAUUAGGGUUUAUAUCUGUUAUAUCCUGUGGACUUUACACAGUUUCUUGGCAAUUUGAUCCUUGUUGUCAAUAUCAGGUAGAGACUGAUACAAGUAAGCUACCACACGUAGAAUUGUUAGCUGUUUUAGGACCAUCUUCUCCUACAUUUCUUGUGAGAAAAGAUGACACAAGAAGAAGAAUUCUUCACACAACUAUUACAUUGGUAGCUCUCAGCAUCAGUGCCUGGAGAGUAUAUCAGGCAUUCAAGUGAAAUAAUUGCUAUUCAAAACGGAAGAAUCUAAGUUAUAAAAAUACCAGUGAGGUAGGCUGUACGAUGCAUUGUACAUGGUCGUAGUAAGGCCUACGAUCUAUCUCUAAGUAUAAAAAUUUGUGAAUUACAAUUUCAUGUAUAUUAAUGGGGAAUUGUUGAGUCAUACUAAGAAUCUGUUUUCAUUGAUGUUUGUAUUCCUUUUAUAUUUUGACACUACCUCAGACAUGUGCUGAUAUUACAAAAAAAAAAAGAAAGUGAAAAUACAUA